GGUUCUAAGGAUUUAUAUUCUUUUGUAGCGUUAGGGGAGGCGCUCAGCUCGUCGCGAGGACGCUUGGCGCAUCGCCGCUCUCCGGAGGCGCCAUGGAUUCCGACGCGGACAUGGAAGAUUAUGGCUUUGAGUACUCGGAAGAAGACCCCGAGGAGCAAGAUGUCGAUAUCGAGAAUCAGUACUACAACUCUAAAGGAUUUGUGGAGGCUGAUCCUCGAGGAGCUCUCAAGGGCUUUGCGGAGGUCGUGAAGAUGGAAGAAGAGAAAGGAGAAUGGGGAUUCAAGGCUUUGAAGCAGACCGUGAAGGUGCAUUUUCGAUUGGGGACCUACAAGGAGAUGAUGGACGCCUAUAGGGAGAUGCUGACGUACAUCAAGUCCGCGGUUACCCGGAACUACAGCGAGAAAUGCAUCAACAACAUCAUGGAUUUUGUCUCCGGCACUGCAAACCAAAACCUGGAGCUGCUGCAAGAGUUUUACCAGACAACGCUCAAAGCUCUCGAGGAUGCCAAGAAUGAGAGGUUGUGGUUUAAAGCGAAUCUCAAACUUUGCAAGCUUUGGUUCGACAUGGGAGAGUAUGCACGCAUGAGCAAGAUUUUGAAAGAGCUCCACAGAUCGUGCCAGAGAGAAGAUGGCUCUGAUGAUCAGAAGAAAGGAACUCAGCUUCUGGAAGUAUACGCCAUUGAGAUUCAGAUGUACACGGAGACAAAGAACAACAAGAAGCUAAAGCAACUCUAUCAAAAAGCUUUGUCUAUCAAAUCGGCGAUUCCUCAUCCACGCAUCAUGGGAAUCAUCCACGAGUGCGGCGGAAAGAUGCAUAUGGCUGAGAGGCACUGGGCAGACGCAGCCACUGACUUUUUCGAGGCCUUCAAGAACUAUGACGAAGCCGGAGCACAAAGACGGAUCCAAUGCUUGAAGUAUUUGGUUCUUGCAAAUAUGCUGAUGGAGUCUCAGGUUAACCCCUUCGACGCACAAGAAGCAAAACCGUAUAAGAACGACCCUGAAAUUCUAGCGAUGACAAACCUUGUCGCAGCUUACCAGCGCAACGAAAUUUUCGAGUUUGAGAAGAUCCUGAAGAGCAACCGGAAAACGAUAAUGGACGACCCGUUCAUUCGGAAUUACAUCGAGGACUUGCUGAAGAACAUCCGGACACAAGUACUAUUAAAGCUCAUCAAGCCUUACACCCGGAUCCGCAUUCCAUUUAUCUCGAAGGAGCUCAACAUUCCGGAAAGAGAUGUGGAGCAGCUCUUGGUGUCUCUCAUCCUGGACAACCGGGUUCACGGUCACAUAGAUCAAGUUCAUCAGCUCCUGGAGCUCGGUGACAGAUCGAAAGGGCUGAAAAAAUACACCGCGAUCGACAAAUGGAACACGCAGCUGAGAUCUCUGUGCCAGACCGUCUCCAACAGGAUCGGCUGAGAGCGAGAGGAUUUUUUGUAACGCAUUUAGCAACAUCCACGCCAGGUCGGAGUUUCUUCUUCUUCUUUUUCUUCUCUUUUGGCCUUUGUAGCUCAGUGUGUAUAUUCGCGAAAGAAAAUUUUGAGAUUCCUGAUUUAAUGCGUUAAA